AGAAGAAUAAUUUCUUUCCUACUGUAUGUAUAUUGAAAUCUUCAGAAAUACAUUCAUUUGAGUAGUUUUUAAGGUAACUUGUUAUGCGUUGAAUAGUUACUCCAAAAUUUGAAGAAUGAUUGAAAUCACUUGCAACGACCGAUUAGGAAAGAAAGUUAGGGUGAAGUGUAAUCCUGACGAUACCGUCGGAGAUCUGAAGAAACUCAUCGCUGCUCAGACAGGAACCAGAUGGGACAAAAUCGUUUUAAAGAAAUGGUAUACAACAUUCAAAGACCAUAUACAGUUGCAGGAUUAUGAAAUACACGAUGGUAUGAAUAUCGAACUUUAUUAUCAGUAGAAUUUUAGGGAGAAAGUAAUUUAAGAAGAUCAUUAAUUUUUUUGUAUAUUCAAUAAAUAAUGUAAGGUCCA